AUGGGACUCUGGGAGGCCGAUGUUGCACGAUGGCAACGGUUGUUUGGAUUUGAGAAGGCAGACGCCCGUCGCCGAAUCGAAGAAUACCGGAGUGCCUAUUCCAGGGUCAGGAUCUCCGAUGAACUCUGGGCUACAGUCAAGGCUCGAAAGGAGGCGGAGGGGUAUGAUCGAGAAGCAUACGAGUAUUCCCUCAAGAAUCAACCACAAGCACUCAGCCCAACAUCCUCGGCAACGGUGUCAGGCACUUUCAUCGUGCAAUUGAUGGAGCCUUUGGACUCGCCGGAAAAGAUCAAGGAUGUUGCUGGCUUGGCGGAGGCUCCGUUGAUCGUGACAGGAGUAGGCGAGCAUGGCCAAGCGAAUUUCUGCCAGAUCGACGGCGGGACUCGGGCGAAGCUGCUAGACUGGGUCGCAGAGUACCACAGCGGCUUCCAGCCCACUAUUGUGCGUUUGACAAAGGCCAAGAAGGAUCUAUGCUCGCGGAGCAUUGCACCAACUCUCGCACAUGACUCGACAUUGCCUCAAAACCGGCUGGACGACGAACAGGACAUCCCUCGACCAUCACAGGACGAAUACCCAGUGUUGUAUUUCUUCUACGGCACACUGGCUGACCCAAAAGUGCUAAAACACCACCUCAACUUGGACACCGAACCCUCUCUUGUGCCGGCCUCUAUCCAAGAUGGUGAAGUUCGACACUGGGGCAAAUACAGGGCGCUAGUGGAUGCACCAGGAUCGGCAAAGCUGUUUGGGAGCGCGUUUCUCGUUCGCUCUCAAGAUCAGGAGGACGCGCUGAGGUUUUACGAGACGGACAGGUAUGAGGUUGUGCGGUGCCGCAUCUUCACUGAAGACGGCGUUCACCAGGGGUUGACAUUUCGCUUUGAGGGGUGGCCAGGGUAG